CAAAACUACUUUGCGUGACGUCGAUAUACAAUUUUGGAUUGACAUUUAUGUAGUCAGAAUUUCAAAUAUUCCUCCAAGCGUGUGAAUCAACGCCGGCAGCGUCAUCUUACGAAGGAGGAUAAAGUCGUUACUAGUCGGUACAGUGUUUCCGAACCGAUCUACGACGGAAAUAUCCGAAUUGGACCGAAUUUCUUCGCCGUGAUAUUAGCCACAACAAAAAAUUGGUAACAUUCGCGUAAAAACUUUUCGGCAAUAUAUAUUUUUCGCGUUCUUUUUGUGAUUCACCAUUGCCCCGGAGGGAUUUAGUAGUCCGCCAGGCCAAGCUUUCAAAUUCAAGUGAAGAUCAUUGCAACAUUGUGUGUCAACAAUGGCAGAUGAACAGCAACAGUUUUUUCUUAAAUGGAACGAUUUCCAAUCUAAUAUGGUAUCGUCGUUUAAACACUUACGAGAUGAAAAAAGUUUCACGGAUGUGACAUUAGCUUGUGAUGGUCAAACCUGUAAAGCACAUAAGAUGGUGUUAUCUGCUUGUAGUCCCUAUUUUAAAUCUUUGUUAGAGGAAAAUCCGUCCAAACAUCCCAUUAUAAUACUAAAGGAUGUUGCGUAUAGCCACCUUCAGGCCAUACUGGAGUUUAUGUAUGCAGGAGAAGUUAAUGUUUCGCAAGAUCAGUUGCCUGCAUUUCUUAAAACUGCCGACCGGCUUAAAGUUAAAGGAUUGGCAGAAGCACCAGGUGCCAUUAAGAGGGAGGGUUAAAGUUGCACUUAUAGUUAUGGAUUUUGGGAAGCGUGCGGACUGAAAAAAAAAAAAGUGUAAUAAUGUAAAGUGAUUGCAUAAAGACAUAUACCACACACUAUAAAAAAGAAAAAACCACACACUACGUGUGCACAACUCAGUGUCCUCUGGUUCAUGACUUGGAUCAACACACGGCGACAAUGUAAAUUAUGCCUUUUCUUAAUCUCAGUUAAUGUUAAUGUUGUAUUGAAUGUAUGUAUACAAAUAUGGUAGAGAUGAAAUGUUGAUGUUUGUCUUGAACCCAUUGCGCCAUAAUGUGGUCGCGACAACAACAAUGAUUAUUUUUUUAAAACAAAGUGCUGCAAAAACUAAUAAGUGGGUCACGAUAGUUUACAAUACACGGGACAGUCUUGUGGAUCAAAUGGAAAGGUUAAAAGACAUCUUUACAACUGCUGUUUUUUAAAAUGGAUCUACUGACUCACUACACUUUCCUAUCGGCGGUUCCACGGUAGAUCUGUUCAUGAGGUAUUGAAAUUUCUCGAGUCCGUACCAAAUAUUGCCUGACCAAAAUCUUCUCUUAUUCCUUUCCUUAUUACGGGGCAUAGAGCAAUAUUAUGUUGCCAUAUAAGCGUAACAAGAAGUAUAUUCGAGAAAUAACAUUUUAUAACUAUGUAAGUGUAAGCUAACGUGUUAAUAAUACAGGACUGUUUUUUGCCGACACAUAUGCGCUGGUAUUGACUUGCAAGAAAUUUAGAUCGUAUCGUGAAUGGAUCUGCGAUACCCCGAUAAUCCCAUAAAAGAAUGUUAAAUCAAGUUUACUGGAAGUUGUAACAUGCGUGUCGUAUUAUUGCUCUCUUUUUGUCAUCUACACCGUGUCGUCUGGGUUUACCGUUUAUGCACACAAUUAUUUCUCAAUCUAUCAAAGACGCGAAUAAGUUGUCGAAAUAAAAGUUCGAUUUGGAGGGUGAAAUACAAAAACGUCGAAACCAAGCAACUUUCGCGCAAACGUGUUUCUUAUAUUAUUUUCAGUAGUGGCGAAAUAACUGUGUGCGUAUACGUAUCAUUCAGCCGAGCACGAUGUACCGCGGAUUGAUAAAUCGUGUCGUUUCUCUCACCGAUGAAUAUUUGCAAAUGGGAACGAAAGCAAUUGUUUCGCACAUUUUUUUUCUCUCUCUCCAUUCAGUCGGUACCAGUUACCUCUUCUAGUGAUCAUGAUUUUUUACUUAACCAAAUACUGCCAGUAUUUGUACCGGCGUAUUCACAAUAUUACCGAUAGACCAAAUUUAUUUAUGAUAAUAAUAUAUUAAGGGUUGAAUGUCUUAAAUCGAGGGAAGGUUAUUGUAAUAUAAGCGAAGCAAAUUUUUGUAAAGUCGGAGCGCACAGUUCCUUUCCCCUCCCGAUCGAACCAGGAUAAUCAGAGAGAGGUUUAGAGAAAAAAAAAGAAGUCAGGAAACAUUAUCGAGUCAAGAAACAAUAUUGUAUGCAAUUAACGUGCGUCGUACA